AUGAGUGCAGCGGCACUCCUCGCAAAGCGGUACGUGAGCGUAGCAAGAGGCAUCACGACCUACCCGACUCAUCUCGACUUCACGAAGACCUGCCGGGAGAUGAACGUAGUGCCACGAAGCCUUCAGCUUAAACGCUUGGUGCACACGGCGGAGGGUCACAAGAUCAUCGCAAAAGCCGAACAGCGCCUGCUAAACGCCCGAAUCCAUGAAUGCUACAGCGUGAUCAAGAAGAAGGAAUUAGACCUGUUUUUCCUCCGACGGCAGCUUCAACAUCGACUGCCCGACGUCUUCCCGUCUUUGGAGGAAUUCGCUCGAAAUGUGGCUGCAACAACAGCUCGGAAGCAGCAAGCGGCCCACAAAAGCAAGCUCACGACACUUCAAGGAGAAAAACCCCACCACGGACAUGACAACGAUAAUUUCGUCGUCAACCUGUCCUCUAAACAACUCUCCCCUACCGAGCAUAGCGUGCUGGCCAAGGGACACAACUUCAACGUGAACAAGGCGCAUCCUUCACUACCAAGGAUCAUUGCGGCUACGGAGGAAGCCGCAAGACGACUCGACAACGGCAUUCGAGAAAAUUUCCGUCUCAAGGCCAUCGCCGACAAGGGCAACGCAAUGGUCGUGCUCGAUAGGGAGGCGUACAGCGACAAAGUGCCUGAUCUCCUUCACAGCCCGGCCUAUGAAACGCUGUCGAAAGACCCCACACAAAGAGUCCAAAGGGAACUGAACAAGCUCCUGGCGGAUAUCUUUAGGAGGCACCCGGAGGCAAGAACCACCUACCUCCAGCUUAUCUGCCGGAACGGCUCUGCACCAGGAUUUUACGGGCUUCCCAAGAUCCACAAGCCGACUGUCCCGCUCCGUCCUAUCGAGGAUUUUACAUCUUCUCCACUCCCUUUGAAGGAAGAUAAACUCUUGAGCGAAAGAAGCUGCCUAAGCAUCGACGAACUGUGUCGUCUACUGGAGUAUUGCCUCAAGGGGACAUACUUCAGCGUCGACGGGAUCUUCUACAGACCAGCCAGCGGGACCACGAUGGGGGCGGCGAUCCCCGUUACAGCUGAGAACCUCACAAUGGAGCGCAUUGAAGAAACGGCACUAGACUCCUUUAUUGACAAGCCGAAAGUGUUUGUGAGGUACGUGGAUGACUCUGCGUCAUAA